UGUUAAAAUUACAAUAUUUAACUUCAGGGAUUUAGUAACAUUGAAACAAACAUUUCUGUAAAGCUAUCACAUGAAGAAAAAGUUGAAUCUAUCUUCUUAUUGUGGAUUUACUGUUUUUGGAACAGGCUCGUGUAUAGAAAGUCUGUGAUCUAUAACUAUUGAUAUAAAAAUAGACCACGGUGCUAAUGUAAAUGAAUCCACAGAAGCUGAAUGAGGAAGUUUUGGCUAAAAUUACUGAUGCUGUUUCAAACUUGUACAACUUUCGAGAUCAUUACUUUGAUAAUCACCCUGUAAACGAAGCCACUGCUAAAAUUACAGAUAUUAGUAAAGAACUUGAGAAAACCUUACAGUUGCUAGAUGAACAUAAAGAAGAAUGUGAAAAGCUAGAUAGAGCAAAAUAUUUAAUGCUAAAAGGAAGAGCCUUGAAUAUCACUUCUGACUACUCUCCUGAAGCCUUUGAAGUCCUUUCUCGGGCAGUCAAAUUCAAUCCUAAAUUGGUUGAAGCGUGGAAUGAACUUGGAGAAUGUUUGUGGAAAAAAGGAGAUGUUCAAGGCGCACGCAAUUGUUUUGAAAGAGCCUUAAAACAGUGCCUAAAUAAAACAUCUCUCAGAAACAUAUCAAUGGUACUCCGUCAAAUUAGCCAGGAACCCAAAGAAAAAAUACGAAAUAUUCAUGAAAGUGUUGAAAAAGCUAAGGAAGCAGUUCAGAUGGACUUAGAGGAUGGACUUUCAUGGUAUAUUCUGGGAAAUGCUUACUUGAAUUUAUUUUUUGUGGCUGAUCAAAGUCCAAAAAUCUUAAAACAAAGUAUGUCUGCUUAUAUUAGAGCUAUGAGUGAUCCUGCUGCAAGAUCAAACCCUGACCUGCACUAUAAUAGAGCAGUAGGUUUAAAAUAUGAUGAGGCUUACAAAGAAGCAUUGGAAAGUUUUGAAAAGGCUGCUUCAUUAGAUCCACUGUGGCCAGAGCCUGUAAAAACUAUAGAGAAAAUUGAGAAGUUCUUACAACAAACUCAGCAGAUGGUCUAUAAUAAGGGAAAUCAGAAAGCUAGAAAACUUCAAAAUUUUCUGAAAUCUCUCAAGCUCCACCACUUAGGACCUUAUGGAAAAGACAGUUCCUCUUCUUCCACAGGAAGGAGACAUAACACAUUUCAGCACAUAAAGCUUUGUCAGUUGUUACCUGGAGUGAAUCAGGGUAAAGUUGUGCUAGGAAAGGUGGUGGGAAACAUUGUUACAGAGGAUGAAGUGCCUUUCUCUUUUUGCUUGGUGGAUGAAGAUGAGGCAUGUGUUUCAGUAACUGUUUACAACAUAGCUGAAGGUAAAGGAGUAAUUAUUGGAGACUCAGUAGCCAUUCCAGAUCCUGAUGUACAUUCUGUAGACUUCAAAUAUAAAGAUAAGCAUUACCAGUUCACAAAUAUCCGUGUCAACACUCCACUGAGACUUGUUGUGAAUGGAAGAGUUCUCAGUCAUGACAAACAUGCAGCUGUAAGGCUUGAUGUCACUCUUACUAGCCAGUAGACUUCAAGUACACUUGUUUUAAUGGAAAAUCUACUAUAGAUGUUGAGUUUUUUUUGUUUGUUUCUUCACAAUAUCAACAUAUGACUAGAAGUGUAAACAUAAGUCAUAUGUUUAGUUUACCACAUGCUCUUAAGACAGCAAAAUAAAUAUCUGUCAUUUACACUGUGAGAUUUGUAUAAACAAUACAAAUUAAUCAUGAGUUGACCAACUUGAGUUGUCUGUAGACAAAAUAAAGAAAUCUAGUUCUAAACCUAAAUGUACACUGUGUAAAGAAAAUCCUAUCCAGAAAAGUUGUUACAAACUGAGAUAUAUUUUAAACUUUUUGUUUAAUGUCUAAAAUAACCUAGUUGAUGAUACACCCUACUUUUUUUUUUUUUACGUUUUGGAUACUUAGGUGGGAGACUUCUGCAUUGAACACAUAAAUUCACAUUGGAAUUUUUGGUUAGAACAGAAUCAGCCUGGAAGAGUCUUGCAAAAAUAAGAUAAAAUUGGACAUGACUCAUCUGAUGUUUUAUUAUUUUGUUUCGUAUUAUAAUGAUAAUUUUAAAAUGCCUACAUCUAAAUGUUGAUUUAUUUUACAAGCCUAUUACCGGUGAUGUUUGCAGCAAAGUUGGAGGAGAAAACUUUUAUAUAAAUGAUUCGAACUUUUCUGCUGCCACCCAUGCAGAUACCAUUACCUAAUAGUAACAGAUUGAACUUGUGUUUCUCACCCAUAAGGUUUAUUCACAGUAUAUGUAUAGUUAUUAGGAGAUUUCUCCAGAAGUUAAUGGAAAAUUUCUCAUCCUUAUGAAUAGUGUAAAAUGGUUUUUCUUUUCUUUUGUUUUUAUAAGAGCAUAAAGACUUAUCAGUUGGUAAUGUGGAUAUAUCUUCUUGAUAAUGACUGUAUUUUAACUUAAAGUUGUAUUUACUGUAUUAAUUUUUUAACUGUAACUGUAAAAUGCUGUUUUAUUUUAACUUUCUGUGAAAAGUGACAAGUGAUAAUGAUGAUCGUCAAAAAGUAAUGUAUUUGAAUAUAACUAAAAGUAAGUUUUAAACACUUCAACAGAUGUGCAUGUUUUUGUCAGUUUUUUUUAAAUUUAUGAAUCAUAAAAUUACCUUUAUCCAGCAGUAAAAUAUUGUUGAACUUGCUUACUUGCCAUGAACAAAUGUAGGUUUAAUUAUGUAAAACAUCUUUAAUAACAAAUAUGUAGGUUUUAUUGUGGAAAUCAUCCUUAAUAACAAAUGUGGGUUUAAUUAUAUAAAACAUCCUUAAUAACAAAUGUAGGUUUAAUUAUGUAAAACAUCUUUAAUAACAAAUAUGUAGGUUUUAUUGUGGAAAACAUCCUUAAUAACAAAUGUGGAUUUAAUUAUAUAAAACAUCUUUAAUAACAAAUGUAGGUUUUAUUAUAUAAAACAUCUUUAAUAACAAAUGUAGGUUUUAUUAUAUAAAACAUCUUUAAUAACAAAUGUAGGUUUUACUAUAUAAAACAUCUUUAAUAACAAAUGUAGAUUUUAUUGUGGAAAACAUCCUUAAUAUAGUAACAGUAAGAUGUUACUUCUUUUGUAGUCAUAAAUCAGAUAAGCUCUCUUUUGUGCUUAGAUGGCUCUUCAAGGAAGGUUUUAUGGUAAAGUAUCACAGCCACAUCCCAUUAUAAUGUUACUUGUUCCAUCACAAGCUUGUCAAAACAACAAAAUGUCAUGCUUCUAACCUGAAGGAGAGCAUUGUGUAUUGAAUGAUGAAAAAAUAAAUAAAUCUGUUUAGUAGAUUCCAUAAGUAAUACACUUUUUAUGUCUCAACAGAAAAAUAAAUUAUGUAGUUGGAAGUACAUAUAUAGAAAAUAACAAAAUGUGUUUUUUAUUCAUAUGCAUUAAUUGAUGAGCUUGUAUUAUGUUACAGAAAAACAUUUAUUUAUGAGGUUUGUUAAUCAUUCUUAGAGAAAUUAAAUGCAAACAACAUUCUGAGUAUGAAACAGCCUUCCAAAUUUGAUUUCAUCCUAAGAAAAAGUUGUAUUACUUUGACUUUUUUUUUUCUAUAACUAAUAGAUAAGUUUGAAGUAAAACAAUAUUUCAGCUAUUACAGUGUAGGUCAGUAUUGACCAAGAUGUGUACAAUAUUUGAGUAUUCUGACCAGGAGUUAAAAAGUAUGCCUCUAAACAAUAAUUUUGUACUAAUGGAACUUAAUGGUAACCAUUAAAAGUAGUUGCAAACAGUUGCAUCUAUACAAAUUCUUAUGAGAAUAUAACUGAUUUUUGUGUGAGAAGACAGUAAACUUUUGUACGAUUUGCUAUGAAUUGUAAAAAUAUCUGCAGAUGUACUAUAUCAGUAUGUUCAUUACUUAAAACUUUUGAAUCUCUUCUAAUGGAAGCCUCAGUGUGCUUGUAACUCAAAUUGAUUUACCUUCUGAAAAGUGUUUACUGACAUGAUAAAUUUAAUUCAAUUUAAAAAGGUUGCACAUAAUCUGGAUUGGAAACUGAUAUGUACUUGAAUAUGGAAUACUAAAAAACACAAGUGUAAAAUAAAAGAUUAUAGAUAUAA